AUGACUAUAUAUAUAUAUACAGAUGCUGAUACACACGUCUUGUGGGACAUAGUGGAUUUCCCUCUCAGCGAUGAGGGUGAGAUUGAUUUGUUUUAUGAUAAUGUUCACUCAGCUCUCAAGAAAGAGGGUUAUCGCGGUGAAGUCUAUUUCAAAGCUUUUGGUAACCCUUCUCAAAUGGUGAUGCAUGACUACAUCCUAACGUUACGACUAAGUGGCAGUAGGUUUGUGAGGCUUAAUCAUUUAUUACUGGAGAUGCUUUGUCUUUCACGCCAGAGUGGUAAAGGAAAUUUCAUGUUGAUUGUAAAAGGCAUGGCAGAGAAAGACAUUGAGCUUGUGCGCAUUAUUAAGGAGAUGCAACAAAGAGGUUUCAAUGUUCUCUUAGUAGUGCAUGCCGAGGAAGCCACAGACGCAUACCCACCAGAGUUUGCGAGGUGGAAAGACCUUUUACAAGAAGAAAGCUCUGGAACAACAAUCCCUGAAGGCGAGGAUGGUGGCAAGCUCACCCAAACGUACGAGAAAUUGUUGAUGAUGCUUCUGCAAGUAGCGUGUAACAAGUGGACAAGAAGGCUGCUGAAUCUAGAUUGGUCAUCAAUCGUGAGACAUGAAGAAAUUGAUGCUGAAACAGUCGUCUACUGGGACAUGGAGGACUUUCCGGUGACCGAUAUAGUUUCGUUUAAUGAGAAUAUCAGAUCAGCUCUUGGUAAUGCCGGUUAUCAUGGUCAAGUGUCAAUUAGGGCUUAUUAUGGUGAUCACAAGAAUCCACCGGAUGAGGAGCUUGCCAGAUUCACCUUUGUAUCCAGAGGCUCAAAACGUGGCAGAAUGCAUAGCAUGUUAGUGGACAUGUAUCUGUUGGAACCGGACAAUCGUAGUUUUACACCAACAAACCUGAUGGUAAUCACAAAAGACAUGACGCCAGCUGACGAUGAAGACGACACUGGCUUCGUCUAUCAUCUCCAAACUAAGAAUUAUUCAUGCUACAAUGUUCUCUUAGCAGUGCCUGAUGACUACCAACUAGAAAAGAUGCCAUUUGACUUGACCUUCACGGCAUGGCUUUGGAGUGACCUAUGUGCUGGUGGAUAUCCUCUAGACGAUAGCCUUGUCCAAGCACCUCGACCACCACCACCACCACCACCACCACGCAAUUGUUCUAUAUGUGUUGAAUAA